UGGAUGGGAGGCCGACGUCACGGAGCCAGCGGAGGAGUGGAUGGCCCCUGUCAUAAAAACACAUGAACAAUCGAGAGACGAAAAGGAGCAGAUUGUCAGCGGAAUAUGCGUCCGAACGCGCCGUCUUUGGAUCCAUGGAGGCCGCUACCCUUUGCGACGAACUGACCCAAGUUUUUGCGACGUUCUGUGCCGUUUUGUGAGCGCACGGCGUGGGGAAGAGAUAGCCGUGCCCGUAUCUAUUGCCUAGCGGAUUGGAGUGAAAGUCCGCCAUAUUUUUGCCUUACCACGCCCGGGAGUGGAAUCACCGGGAAGAAGGGAAAGGGAGAAAUAUAUCCACGCGUGUCGCUUAGUGCAGUCACCCACGCAGCUGAAGACUCUGGGCUGUGUGUGGCGAGGAAAAGGCAACAUUGGAAGUGAGAAGGAGGUGUCCGUGGUGCGGAUGGCGACGCUUAACGAGAUCCCACUCAGGAUGUGUCUUAAACGGAUCUGUUGAUCGCCCAGAGACGGCAAAGUAGAUUACACCAAUUAAGAUCGCACCGGAUCCGCUUGUGAGACAGACGACGACGACGAGGAGGUGGAAGAAGAAGAAGAAGAAGGGGGUUCAUGUGUUUCUCAAAUAUCCGAUUCCCCCUCCACCUCCUCCGUGACUCGUCGCCAGGCCGUCGUUUGACCAGCGAGCAGGCCGCAGCGUGAGAACCCUUCCUCUGCUUGCUUCCCCCCCCACCACCUCGCCCCCUGCCUCUCCGGAAUCGGGGAGGACAAAGGCUAAACAUUAAGAGGACGCAUUUAAAACGCGUGGAAGAAUGACUCUGGAAUCUAUCAUGGCGUGCUGCCUCAGCGAGGAGGCGAAGGAAGCCCGGAGGAUCAACGACGAGAUCGAGAGGCAGCUCCGCCGGGACAAGAGGGACGCGAGGCGGGAGCUCAAACUGUUGCUGCUCGGCACGGGCGAGAGCGGCAAGAGCACGUUCAUCAAACAGAUGAGGAUCAUCCACGGCGCCGGCUACUCCGACGAGGACAAGCGAGGCUUCACCAAGCUGGUGUACCAGAACAUCUUCACAGCCAUGCAGGCCAUGAUCAGAGCCAUGGAGACGCUGAAGAUCCCGUACAAAUACGAGCACAACAAGGCAAACGCCAACGUGGUGAGAGACGUGGACGUGGAGAAGGUCACCAUGUUCGAGAACCCUUACGUAGACGCCAUCAAGAGCUUAUGGAAUGACCCCGGCAUCCAGGAGUGUUACGAUCGGAGGCGGGAAUACCAGCUGUCCGACUCCACAAAGUAUUACCUGAACGCGUUGGACCGCAUCGCCGAAUCCUGCUACCUGCCCACUCAGCAGGACGUGCUGAGGGUUCGAGUCCCCACCACGGGCAUCAUCGAAUACCCCUUUGAUCUGCAGAGUGUCAUUUUCAGGAUGGUGGACGUCGGGGGCCAGAGGUCGGAGAGGAGGAAGUGGAUCCACUGCUUCGAGAACGUCACGUCCAUCAUGUUCCUGGUGGCGCUCAGCGAGUACGACCAAGUUCUGGUGGAAUCGGACAACGAGAACCGAAUGGAGGAGAGCAAAGCGCUCUUCAGGACGAUAAUCACAUACCCGUGGUUCCAGAACUCCUCUGUCAUUCUGUUCCUCAACAAGAAGGACCUGCUGGAGGAGAAGAUCUUGUACUCUCACCUGGUCGACUACUUCCCAGAGUAUGACGGUCCCCAGCGGGACCCCCAAGCGGGCCGGGAGUUCAUCCUGAAGAUGUUCGUUGACCUGAACCCGGACAGCGACAAGAUCAUAUACUCGCACUUCACCUGCGCCACCGACACGGAGAACAUCCGCUUCGUGUUCGCCGCCGUCAAGGACACCAUCCUGCAGCUCAACCUGAAGGAGUACAACCUGGUGUAGCGACACACACACACACACGUAAACAGUAUGUGAGGACUGGAUGUGCAUCACAAACAAUUAAAAAUCAAUAGUUUGAAAAAAAAAUCAAAUGUUUGGGUGUAAUACUAAUUUAUUUGUGUUUGUCAGGAGGUGAGAAAUGAAUUAAUCUUGCUAUUUAAUAAUGAGCUGGUUGAAAUGUGGAAGGAGGUGCUGAUUAAGGAGGUGGGGGUGGGGGGGGGGCAUUUUUAUUAAGCUUUGCGCUUUCUGGAAAAAAAAAACUGCACUCUAGUUUUUUUUGGUGAUUUUUAAAAAGUAUUUCACUUUGAUUUUGAUGUUGGUACCGCCCCCCAGUAGACGUGACGUGGGGGUUGGGGGGGGGUGUCAUUACACACAAAGGGUGGACGCCACAUUGACGUGAUGAAAUGAUGUUCAACUGUGCCACAUGAACUCUUUUUAUUGUGUUUAUUUGCUGAUUCUUUGCCGAUGCCAAACGCACGCUGAACUCUUCUAAACUGUCCAAUGGCAAGGUGUGUGUGGCCACAAGCCCCGCCCCCCCGUCCAAUCCUGCUGUCAUUACUUCGAGGAUGGUCCAAUCGCAGCCAGGCUGUCAGACUGUUGUUACAAGCGGCGUGACAGGAAAAAAAAAAGUGUUAACAGUUUCAAAGUUUGUACCAAAGUUUCUGAUUGGCUGCCCCCCCCUGAACCCGCCCCCAUCCUGUCUUGGAGUAUUUUUUUCUAAGUUCCCAAGAACACAAGCCUGUAAUUUACAUUUGAGGCAUAGUGCAAUUAUGAAUUCUAUAUAAUCAUUGUACAUACAUUUAUACACAUACAUAUAUAUAUAUAUAAACAUACAUAUACACACAGUAUAUAUAUGUAUGUAUAUAUAUAUUGAAGCAUCUUUGUUGGCUUUGUAAUCAUGAGUUUUUGGCAGAUUGAAUGUGCUGUAUUGAAAAUAUGUAUCUAUGUAAUGGUAAUGUACGUCUAAUGUCUUAAUUCUUUUUUUGUUUUUCAGAAGAAAAAAAUGUUAUUUACAUGGGUUGUUUUUUUUUGUUUCCGUUUAUAAGAGGAGAAUGUACAUUUUUUUUGUGUUUUUUGCCCGUUUUAUUUCUCAGCAAAGAAAAACGUUCAGCUUCAGAAGUACAUAAAGAGGAAUAUGAUGAUCCAAGAGGAUGCGUGUCGGCGUAUGGAUUCUUCAUUUAUGGACAUAACACAUUUUUCUAUGAUGGUUGACCAACAAACGUGACCAAAAUGCGGGUCUGCAAGAGGUCGUUUUGGCUGCAAACUUUAUGUAGAAACAAACUCGGACAUCAGUAGGAUUUCAUACCAAAACAAAUAACAAAUCAUGAAAAUAAUAUGCCAUAAUAUCAU